GCUGGACGUCGUCGUUAGUGGUCGUGCCGUGUACAAUAUUGUAGUGUCGUGUGUGGUGUGUGCCCAUGGGGUUCAACAGCGCAGCCCCCCAACAACAACAACCACAGAGGUGUCAUUGCGCUGUCGACGACAUCUUAGCGCCUCUCCGUAGCAAGAUGAAGGUGCUCAAGAAGAUCAAACGCAGAAUCGGACUCACGCCUCGCAAUUCGUCCAGCAGUGCAGGCACCAACAAUCUGCCUCCCCUGCUGUUCCACCAAGUACAUGGAGACAACAUCCGACUGUCCCGUGAUGGAGCUGUGGCUCGCAGAGCUGAGAGUUUCUGCAAGGGAGUCACAUUCACUAACCGACCAGUCAAGAUCUCUGAGAAGGUGUAUGUAAAGUUCCUAGAUGUAUCCAACAAUUGGAGUGGAGUUAUCAGAUUCGGCUUCACAUCCAAUGAUCCCAGUAAUCUACGACAUGCUCUUCCAAAGUAUGCCUGUCCAGAUUUAACCAACAAGGCGGGCUACUGGGCCAAAGCUCUAGCAGAGAGGUUCUGUGAGAGAGACACAGUCCUGUUCUACUAUGUUACCCAUGCUGGUGAUGUGCACUUCGGCAUCAAUGGAGAAGAGAAAGGAAUCUUCUUCAGUGGUGUGGAGACCCGAGGCCAGCUAUGGGCCAUGAUAGAUGUGUAUGGCAACUCUACAGCAAUAGAACUACUGGACGCCAGACAUCAGCUCAACAAUAGUAGAAGAUGUAUCUUAUGUUACAGAAAUCCAGCUGUAAGCAACGGUGAAAUGAGCCCGGAUGUAGACAGGCUCAUAAUGCCGUCGAUGGCUGCUCUCAGCAUACAAAACAGUCCAAGGAUUGAAGAUGUGUCAGAGCAAGUUCCUCCGCCUCCUCGCUUCCAGCAGCCCGGCGUCCACUUCACACCACUGCCUUUCCACAGGACUCGGGGCCGCAACGUGAGACUCAGCAACAAUUGCUGCAUAGCCAGUAGGACAGACACGGAGUUCUGCCAAGGAUAUGUCUUCACUGCACGGCCGAUACAACUUGGCGAGCGUAUUGUCAUCCAGAUCCUAGCUACAGAGCCAAUGUACCUGGGGGCUCUAGCCUUGGGACUGACCAGCUGUGACCCCACGACACUCAACCCUCUAGACCUGCCAGACGACAGUGACCUCCUGUUGGACAGACCAGAGUACUGGGUGGUCAGCAAGGAUGUGGCCAACUGUCCACAGAGAGGAGAUGAACUGGCUUUCUGCAUAACUCAUCAGGGUGAAGUGCAGAUGAGUAAAAACGGAUGUACCCCGACUGUUCUGAUGCAUGUUGAUCAAUCUCUGACACUCUGGGCCUUCUUUGAUGUCUACGGAUCUACUCAGAAAAUUAGGGUCCUAGGAAGCUCCAUAAUUGAACACCCCCGGCCAGUGUGCACAUCACCAGGCCCAGCCCCAGUGGUGGCCUCCAGCAGUAGAGGUAGUGGUGGGGCACUGAGAGUGGCACUGCCAGAGCCGCAGGUGGUACAGCUAGCGGGGGGUGUAGGUGGAGGCACUGUAUUGGUGGUCAAUCUGCCUCCCUCCACCCCUACACCUCCUCACCCUCACAACCCUUCAGCAACUCUGCUAUCUACCUACAGCCACACUUACAUUGAGCCAGUGUCGCAGUCCUACUCUACGUUAGACUCUCCUAGCAUGAGGGAGUGGGUGGAGACGAGUGUGACAGCUCCAUCGGGCUCAGAGUGUUCCAUCUGCUACGAGCGCACUAUCGACUCUGUGCUGUACAUGUGUGGCCACAUGUGCAUGUGCUACGACUGUGCAGUGCAGCAGUGGCGAGGAAAGGGUGGUGGCCAUUGUCCUCUGUGUCGGGCUGUCAUACGCGACGUCAUCCGUACUUACAAGUCCUGAUAACCAACUGACCAUCACACUCGUCACUCUGUACAAAAAAUACAUUAAGCGCAUUUAUAGCCUAAUAUGUUACUCUACGGGAAUGUACUGUACGAGAGUCCUAAUUAGCAAGACUGUUAAUCUCGUGAGACUAUGUCUUUUCGAAGCUCAUUAUGAUUUAAUUUCUUCUGGCCUAAGAUGUGCGUUUUAUGGAUAUGAUGCUUGCAGAGCAAUAAGUGAAUGAAAUGUAGGCUUUAUGUACUGCAGGUCAAUUAUGGUAUAUUAAUGAGGUUUAGUUUUGUUUGUUUUUCAUUAUUGGAGAAUCAUAUUGGCAGCACAUUGCAAUUGGAGAACAUUGUAAUGCUAAGACCUGAUUUAACUUGAAGAAUAGUUUUUUUUAUUAUGGCCAAAAAAUUAUGGCCUGACAAAAUCAGAUCAGCUAACAACUGAAAUGGGUUAUUGUUUGACAUUAUUUUGUGAUAUAGAAAGCCAGUUAUACUUUGUUAUUUUUCUAUUUUGUUAUGAUUAUAAUUCCUAAAGUAGGUAAAGCAGGUGUGUGAUUAAAGACGUUAUUAGUUUAUAAUCAAGUGUUCAAAACUCGACCAAAACUAUUUUAAUGACACUUUUAUUGGUUACCCUAAAUUCAAAAUAAUAUUGUCAAAAAACCUUUUUUCAAGCCAUUUACAUAAGUACAACAUUGUUUGCUAUAGUCUGUUAUCUUAGUUCUGUGGAUGAUUGUGGAGCCUAGUCUCACAGUCCACAGUUUAACUGGUUAAAAUAUGUGGAAGCUGGCAAAUAAAAUUAAUCAUCCUGAAUAAAAACUGAGAAAUUAAAAGAAUAAUUGUUUUAACCUAAAAAAAGUCUAGUCACACACCUUCAAUCGACAUUAUGCUGUUGCUCAUUCAAUUCUGCAAUGGGCAUUCCAUUACUUUGUUAACACAGACUGUUUGUUUUGUAAGUUUUGUAUUUAUGUAAAUUAGUGUAACUUUUGCAUAUGUUGAAACUUUAUUAUUGAAAUGUGUACAGUGAAAAAUAUUCUUUACUUCUAUCCUUUAUUAUUUAUUAUUAUAUAUAUGUAUUCUAAGUAAUAGUGAAUCUCUAGUCAUGGCAUUAUGGAUAUAUUAUAAUAAUUUUUAUCUCUCAACCAAACAUGUUUUUGUUUAUACUUUGUAAUAGUAACAGAUUGAAAAUUAAUUGGCAUCUCACAUAUUUGUGUAAUUAUUCUUGUUUAAUCAUAUGUAUUAAUUUUCUAUUCCUGUGUUCAAUUGACAAGCUUGUUUUCUUGAAAAUCUACUUUUGAUGUAGACACAAAAAUUUGACAAAUUCAUUUGACCAAUGUUACUGUUACUAUGUUUACAAACGAUUUUCAUUCCAAAGUGCAAUAUGUUUUUUUAUCUUGUGCUACUAGAAACGAGGCUUAUUAAAAUUAUCUCAAAAAAUUAUAUACUUUAUGCUCUGGACACGUUACUGUUUUAAGCUGUUUUUGUAUGUCUGCAGUAAAAAUUUGUUACUAAUUGAAUAAUAAUAUUAUAUACAAACACAAUUUUCUGUUCUUA